UUGGCGUCCGAUUUUUUCACACUUAUUCGAAACAUUUAUUUGUUUGUGCCAUCAUCGUGAAAUCUCUUACGUCGCUUUUGGCGUUGGCUGUAUACUGUUUGCUCUCCCAGCACAAGCAGUAAUAUUUGUUUUGGUCUAACUCGCUUGCUAUAAAAUUGCUAUCGGAUGACGGAGAGAAGCUAGUUUUGUUUUGUAGUUAGUUAUAUCUACUACUCCCGUAACCAAAUUAAUCUAAUCAUGAAGUUGAUCACUGUACUUUUGGCUACAGUAGCUGUCGCUUGUGCCAUGCCUCACAGAGGUGGUGGCGAAUCUAAUGCCAACGCUGGCGCCCAGGUUAGCGCUGGAGGCGGUGGAUUAGGUGGAGGUCAUCACGGACGCGGUGGUGGUCAUCAAGGCGGCGCAGAAUUUGGAGGUCAAGGUGGAUAUGGUGGUCAGGGUGGAUUUGGAGGUCCAGGAGGCCAAGGUGGUUUUGGAGGCGGCUACGGGGGAUCCAGUUCAUCUGCUUCAGCGUCUUCAAGCUCGAGUUCGUCCAGUUAUGGAGGUGAAUCCAACGCUAAGGCAGAUGCCACUGCAACAUCUUUUGGUUCAGGAUCCGCUAGUGCAAAAGGUGGUGGUCAUGCAAACUCUCAUUAUUAAGUAAAUAAAUCGAUAAUUGUUACAUAACGGAAACGCACUCACACAUACUGCCCCACUUUUUCACAACAUAUGUGAUUUAUGAAAAACUUUGUGAAAAAAAAAUAAUAAAAAUAUAAUAUUUGUGUUCAAAAUAUGAGAGAACAGUUAA